GUACUUGAUCUUCGAAGUUGACAGAGUUUGGGCAUCAGCGGGCCACGGAAUACGAUUCGACCAGGUGGGAGUGUCUCAAUGUGACGACACUUGUGACAACAACACAGUCAAAGAGCUGUACGAACUGGGUUACCUUUGCUUCGUGGUCCAUCCCAAGGCCUUAGUUCCCAUCUACGCUUUCUGGUGGCAUCCCAGUUUUACCGACAAUACCUGGACAAACGUGUUUUGCGCUUGUGAAUUUGACCCAGAACUCUUUGCCAUCUAUCUCUCCUAUACGGACUCUGCGUACCUUAUUGCAGUUUGGUAUGCUGCCGUGGAGUUGCAGCAGCAAAGCAGCUUACCUCCGGCAAAGCCCCGGGCCUUGUGGUUUGAAGCUGCUAUAGAGUUGGAAGUUCUCUACAGGAGAUGCGAGAGUCCUUCGUUGUCAGUUCAGGUUGCUGAACCUGGAUCGCCAAGCCUAGAAAAAGCAGGGGCAAUGCCUUUUGAAGAGAAGUUGGAGCAGCUGGAGCACUUCUGUCUGGACCUCCGGGAAACUUUGGAGGACCGGCUCCUGCUGGUGCUGGCGGACCUCGAAAAGCAAGUCCCUGAUCUGCUGCAGAAAUUCCAGCGGGAGUCAGAAGAUGGGGCUGAACGUGCUGAAAAACUGAGAGAGCUGGAGGUGAGGGUCGAGAUGUUCUGCCGCCGCAUGAGCACGCAGGAGGAAAGAUUGCAAAGUUGCGCAGAGCGGGCUGAGAAGAGCGUUGCGCUGCCACAGCUUCGCAGCCUUUGUCGGGAAGAGUUGCAGAAAAAGCUCAGUGAGGAGGAUUUGCUGGGCACAACGGCCCUGGUACGGAAGCAGCAAGAUGCACUCAAUGAGGUGCAGCUUCAACUGCAGAGGCUCCUGGAUCGGCUGCACUUGGCUGGGCUUCGACAGGGACCAUGUUGCUGUGAGAGCUUGGACGCUGACUUGCCAUUCGUAGUGUUGAUGGAUGUGGCUUGA